AGUACGUGUGUUGAGGUUAGUAGAUUGAUAUUGAACGUCGUGUAUUCCACCCAUCCAUCGUCUGCUCAGAUUUUCGAAUACUUCGAUUCUCUUGAAGUCAAGGAAGGUUUGCAACAUGUUUCGACAUCUUUUGAGGCCUGUUCGUCAAAUUACUCGUCCAGGUACUCGGUCGAUGCAAAUUCCUAAUGAUGUGAGACCACCACAUAUGGAUGAAUUGCUGGUACCACAAGGUUGUUGGAAGACAGCGUAUGAGAAAAAUCAGAGGAGAUAUAACAUGCACUUAGCUGCUGGUGUUAUUGGACUCAUUGGUACUAUUGCAAUAGGUAGAACCACUGGAUGGCUCUGGCUGAAUUAUUCGGCACCAGUUCCAAAAUAAUGAUUCGUAUUAUUUUUUAAAAAAUACAGUAGAUGUAUGUAUAAGAUGUUGUAGAACAUGGCGAAUACUGUAACUUGUAAUUAUUCAAUUUGAAUGAAUAAUAUAAUACUUUAUUCACAAUAAAUAAAUUUAUUAAUAUAAA